GUUUGUGCGGCGGGUCUGCGAGCGCCGCCAUGGCUAGCCAGCCGCCGGGUGGGAUGAGGCCCACCGCCUGCAACUCGCAGCCCCCUCCCCCGAAGCCGCUGCAGGUGAAGGUGGUGGGGCUUUUCAAAGGCUCCGGGUUUCAGGUUGCGAAGUCCGUGGCGGAGAGUCUGAAGAAUAACUAUCCAUCCAAAUUUGAAGACCCCAUAAUAGUUCCUCUUCAAGAAUUUGCAUGGAAUCAGUACCUACAGGAAACAAAAAGGGGUGAUUUAAAGAACGUUUACAGGAUUUUCAUGGGAAAGCGUGAGGCAGAGGAACUCAAGAAUGAAAUCUGGGUUUAUUCUUCCCAAGAGAUGUGCUUUGUUAACGACCAGCUCCUGGGUGAUGCACUCGAGCUACAGAAGUGGGCCCAAAAGGUGUGGGAUAUCGUGGAUAUAAAGCCUCCAGCACUUUAUGAGGCCCUGACAAUGGAUUACUCUGCUAAAUUUUUAAGAAAUACCAAGCAUACUUUUGUGUUCUUGGACAUUUCCAUUGAUGGUAAUCCAGUAGGAAGACUGAUUUUUGAGCUGUACUGUGAUGCGUGUCCCAAAACAUGUACCAAUUUCCAGGUCUUGUGCACAGGAAAAGCAGGACUUUCUCACAGUGGUAUCAGACUGCAUUAUAAAGGGUCAAUUUUUCACCGAUUAGUGCAGAAUGGUUGGAUACAAGGAGGAGAUAUAGUAGCUGGAAGAGGAGAUGAUGGAGAGUCGAUUUAUGGACGAACAUUUGAAGGUCCUGAAAGUGGUGCAAUCUGGAACGUUCCUACUCGUGACCACAGAAGCAAGCUCAGACCUACAGGGAUGCAGAGGUUACAUAGGCUCCUGCGCUGAAUAUGGGGCCCAGAUCAAAUCGAUGGGGUUUACAGUCAACAAUAUUUACAUACUUUUCCCGUAUUUGGGAGCUGCUAUCUUCCCUGAUCCAGCUUUCUAGCCCUUUUUUCAGCCAUGGCAUCAUCUCCCCAGACAAAAACUUGGGUCCAUCUGCAUAUCAGAUAUCAGGCUCAGGCAAAAACUAGUCAGGUCAUGGGCCACUUGGAAUAUACCUAAACUAGACCUACCAGCUUUUUCCAAAACGGAGACUCCAGAUCUUCAUCUGCAGUAUUCCUGCCUUUAGGUUCAUGAUUAGUCAACAAUUUGUAUGGCUUUAUAUGUUAACCCUUUUUCAGCCACCGGGUUCCUACCAUGAUGCCAACUGGACUUCCCUGAGCAGGUGACCCCUCCAAUGUGUCCUGGAACCCUGUUUCCCCAGAGCCCUGUCCCACUACAGAAAGAGAGAGGCAGACUGGGAGUAUGGAUAGACCUGCCAACGCCGA